AUGUCACUAAAUUUUAACAAUUACGCCAUGAAGCACUGGAGGGAGGACGCCUUCUUUGGCUACCAGUUUCUAAAUGGAGUGAACCCGAUGAUGAUCCGACGCUGUAAAACUCUCCCAUCAAAGUUUCCUGUUCCCUCGAACAUUACCUUCAGCAAGUCUCAGCUCACUCUGCGGACUGAAAUGAUGAAAGGAAACAUCUUUCUGUGCGACUACAACAUUCUGGAUGGGGUGGAAACAAACACCAUCAAUGGGAGGAAGCAGUUUCUAGCAGCUCCCUUGGUCCUGCUCCACAAGAAUGAAGAUGAUGAGAUGAUGCCUAUUGCCAUUCAGCUAAAGCAGAAACCAGGAAGGGACAACCCCAUCUUCUUCCCCACGGAUUCAGAGUAUGACUGGCUGUUGGCAAAGACGUAUGUGAAGAGCGCAGACUCCAACCUGCAUGAGCUCAACUAUCACCUGCUGCGCACUCACCUGCUGGCUGAGGUGUUUACGGUGUCUUUGAAGCGCAACCUUCCCAGAGUUCACCCUGUCUUCAAGCUCCUCAUCCGUCACACACGCUACACCCUGCAGAUCAAUUUCUUGGCUCGAAACUUGCUCAUCUCAAGGAAAGGAAUCAUUACCCGGUACACAGCAUCUGGUGGAAAGGGCAUGCUGACCCUCUUGGACAGGAGUGUCUCCUCCAUGACCUACAGAUCCCUCUGCAUACCUGAUGACAUCGCUGAUCGCGGCCUGGAAGAUGUGCCCAACUUCUACUACAGGGACGAUGGGCUGAAGCUGUGGUCUACUUUUAGGCUUGUCACUCUGGAGGACACAUCUGCUCUGUUGACCAAGUUGAAACCUUCUACUUGUCCAUCUGAUGUCAUUCCUUCCAAACUCUUCUUAAAGGUGUUUGAUACCAUCGGCCAAAGUGUCACUGAAAUGAUCAACCUUUCACUUUCCACUGGUGUGUUUCCAAAUAUAUUCAAACAUGCUAUAGUGGAGCCUCUGCUGAAAAAGUCUAAUCUUGACCCAUCAGUCUUCCAGAAUUAUAGACCCAUCUCAAAGCUUCCAUUUAUCUCAAAGAUUCUGGAAAAGGUGGUGGCUAAACAAGUGUCAGAGUUCUUGGAUAAAAGGAGCAUCGAUGACAGUUUUCAGUCAGGUUUUCGUAAACAUCACUCCACAGAGACAGCCCUGCUGAAAGUGUCCAGUGAUAUUUUGAUGUCUGCUGAUUCUGGCAAAUACACAGUCCUCGUCUUACUAGAUCUUUCGUCAGCCUUUGACACGGCUAACCACCAGAUCUCAUAG